AGUUACGAUAUCGAUCCCGGCUUUCCAAUUUCCAGUUUUUAAGCAUAUUUCGGUCUUUUUUUGAGGAAGGAAGGAAUAAGAAAUAGAAAUAGAGAGGGGAAAAAUGGCUGCACCGGAGGCUACGACGAACGGCGAUGAGCUUCUUCCUCCUUGGGAUGGGGAGGAAUCGAAUUAUGUCACUAUCUUUGCGCUGAUUGCUACGAGCUUGGCAUGGCUGGCUGUCGGUGGGAGGUUAUUUGCUCGUAGGAAGUUUUCGACUUUCGGCGCUGACGACUGGCUGGUUAUUCCUGCGACGGUGAAUAAUUGCUCUUCUCCCCCCCCAAUCCCCGCUCCCCUCCUUGGCGAUAGAUAUCAUAAUAUAUGCUCUGUACCCGGGGUUUUUUUGUGGGGGCGAAAGUGAAAGAGUCGGGACUAAUUCUUGACAUGCUUAGUUUCUCGUAACGGUGAAUACCUUCAUGGCAUGUUAUGCGGACUUGAACGCAGGCAUUGGCAGGCCCUUGUGGGCGGUUUCCGAGAAGCAGUUUGAGCUUUGGUUCAAGGUUUGCCCAUAGCACCUCUAGAUAUUGGAGCGACACUGGCUAACGAAUGUCAUCACAUGAUGCAGUGCACUCUCGCCAGUAGUUUCCUCUACCCAGUGAUGAUGAGCACAGUGCGCAUCUCAGUGCUUCUCUUCUACCGCCGCCUCAUUGGCCCCACCUACCAGACGCUCCAGUACUGCAUCAAGGGACUCAUCCUUUUGACCAUCCCCUACGUGGUCACUUAUGAAUUCCUACUGGGCUUUAUGUGCAAGCCCCCGUCGUCCUUCUGGAAGCCUUUCCAGCGCAACGCCGACUGUGGCGACGUCUACUACUACAAUUUACACAUCACCCUGUACUCUGUCAGCCUGGUAUUCGAUAUCCUCAUCUUGGUGCUGCCCUUGAAGGCUAUUUGGGAGUUGAAGAUGCAGAAGCGUCAGAGGGUCUUGGUCUGCGCUCUGAUCGCGUUGGGCGCUUCGUACGUUCGCCUUGGGUGCUAGGACUAGGAGGCAGUGUGAGGACUAACGAGGGGUGAUCACUACAGGGCGUGCUUCGGAAUCGCAUACAGACUUGCUCUCUGGGUCCUCGAAAUGAAGAGAUACCCAAACAUCGACCCAAGAUGUAAGCUCCAUCACCUCCUUCCUCCUUCUCCCUGUGGACAUACUGACACACAAACUUUUAGGGUCCGCCAACCCCCUCAGCAAGGUCAUCCCACCCCAAUUCGACCGUUACGGCUGGACUUAUUGGGUUCCCUCCCUCCUCGAGUCCAACAUGGCCAUCAUCGGUGCCUCUCUACCAGCGCUCAAGCCUCUCCUAACCCAGUAUAACUGCCUCCAACGCGGAAAGUUUUCCAAGUUCUCCCAGGGCGGUAGCGGCGGCAUGACCGACCCGAGCGACACCAAGCGCUCCCACGGGGUCCAGCGCCCAGGACCCUACAGCGAGCAGAUGGGCAGCAACAAUGACUCCAUGGAGCUCCUCCAUGUCGAGGCUGUUGGCGGCGCCUACACCGGUGCCUAUCCUAACAAGCACUCCCAUAUCACCACUAUCAAGGCGGACGUUCGUGAUGACUUGUCCACCGAUUCUGUGAUGCCCGCGGGUAUUGUACAGACCAAUACUGUUGAAGUCAGGGUUUCUGAGAAGCCUUAGGCUGCUAACAGCGGAACAGGAAAUGGGGUCGGAGAGGCGGCGAUGACGGCGACGGGCGGUGGUAUGUGUCUGUAGUAUUUGGUGUGUAUGCGUGUGUAUUUUUUCUAUGGGGGUUCUAUGAUACAUUUUGGGCUUGGGUUGGGAUCUUUUUUUUUUUCUUUUCCGGGGUGUGGGUUAACUAUGUUUUGGUUGGUUUCUUUGGUUUUAGGUAUUAAGACAGCAGGAUGUAAUAAUGAAUGCUAAGAAGGUUUUGAUAGUCUUGUUCUUCAUUCAUUCAUGUCUGCUAUGUCGGUUUGGGAUCGGUAUUGUACAGGUAUUGUGUAGUAUCGGUGUUUACCCAGACGAGAGGAUGAUGGAGGGAGAUGGCAUGUGUAUGUGUAUAUGUCUCCUCGAACUUUAGCGAUCACAUACGGUACUUGUAAAUAGACAGCUUUUUCCGACUG